AGGGUCAACGAUAAUAUAAUAUACAUACAAUCCGUAUGAUUGAAGAUAAUGUGCCGAGAGAAUAUAACUUCCAUGUAUAUACAUAUAUAUGUACGUGAGCGAUUGUGUUUGUAUUCAUAGGUCACAGUGAUAAGAACUGGUAAGGGUCAUUCCUUGACUUGUGUGAACUCAGUUUGCUUUCGCCGAGCUACGAUCACGCAUCAUGAGGUUCACAGUUUUUUCAGAUUCUAAUUUUAUAUGCGGACUUACGCAAGGAGUGGGAAGAAUAUUAUUUAUAUUCUUACUUUUAAGUACUGAGAAUGUUGCGCAAAGUUUAUUUAGAACUGGGAAGGAAUAUAUAUAUUUUUAUAAUGCUAUAUCAAGCACUGGUGUAUUAGUGCCUUCCAAUGCAGCUUCCUCGUGGAGCCUCAAGGGAAAACUCAUAAUUCAGGCAGAAGAUGAUUAUGUCACGUUACAGUUGCAAUCAUUAAGAACAAACGUGCAUAAUGGAAAUACAAAAGAAAUAGCGAAAGAUAUCGAUAUCUAUGAUGAUGCUUUGGAGCUUUUAAAACCUUUCCGUUUAUCGUAUAACAAAGGACUCAUCGAGAAUUUCAGCACAGAAGCGGAACCUGUAUGGGCGACGAAUAUAAAACGGAGCAUAGCUGGAAUUUUACAAUUGGAUCUUCCUAAUUUGGAAAAAGCAGUCGCAUUUCAUUCCAGUGAGAUAAAUCAUUAUGGAAAAUGUGAUAUCGAUUACGUUGUAAGUCCAGAAGGUGAAAAUCAACGUUUGAUAAGAAAGUCGUUAGAUCCUCGGAUGUGUACCGGGCAUCCAAGUCGUGACUGGUCGAAUGUCCCUAAAGUACAAUGCACUGAUGAGGAUCAAAAUCUCAUUCUGAAAAGUAGUGAGAGAAUAUAUAAAUUGAAAACCGAUGGAUCUGCUCGUGAUAUCAUUUCCGUUAAUGCAUCUGGAAGUAUUUACGUUCAACCCUUUCAAAGUAUGGGGGAAGCGCACUAUCAUUUUGUUCAGCAAACUAUUGAAUUAUCUUCAGUGAGGGAUAUAAUAAAUAAGAUAACUACAAAUAAUUCACGAACUACGGUCCUUCAACAUGAACUACCAGAAGCAGAUCUGACACAGGGUAGAAGCACAAUGGAUAAGAGUUUUGUUUUUAAAUCUAUAAGUCGUUUAUUAGAUCGUUUAAGCCACAGGCUCGAAAAUCCCGGUUUGGAUACCGAAAUUCAUAAUCUGCACAACACAACAAUAUCUGUGCUUCUCUAUUACCUUGGCAUGCUAGAUCGCGUUGAUCUGGGAAAAGCCUAUACUCGAAUCUCGGGAACUAGUUAUAAAGAGGAAACAAUACGAAACAUGUUUCUCGAAGCACUGCCGCAAGUUGGAAGUAAAGAAUCUGCGCUUUUCAUACUGGAUCUUAUCCAGAACAACAAAGUAUCUGACAUAUCUGCGAUUCAGCUACUUAUGCGGCUGCCGUUUCAUAUAAGAAAACCCGAUGUUCAAUUGCUAGUCAAUCUCCAACCACUUCUCACACUGCCGAGUGCGAAAACCUGCGCGGAGGUGCAAAAUACCGCGAUUCUCACUUAUGGAACGUUAAUAUACAAAACUUGUCUGGUGUAUUGUCCGUACGAAAUGUUGGAUGAUUACGUGCGUUUGUAUCUUGAUAAAUUUACAGAAACUACUCGGUACGAGCAAAAGAUGGUCUGGCUAGAAGGCUUGGCAAAUAUACAAUUGGGCAGAGUUGUUGAAUUUUUAGAGCCUAUAGCUAGUGGCAAUAAUGCCGAGUCGCGGCAUUUUCGAGUACUCGCAGCUUGGGCUUCUAUUCCCACCGCACCGUUAAGACCUGAUGUUAUUUAUCCAGUGUAUUGGCCAAUCUUGCUCAACAGAACCGAGCAUUUGGAAAUGAGAGUUGCUGCGUUAACUUUGCUCAUUGUUUCCAGUCCUACAUCUAAUAGAUUGACAUCUCUAUAUUGGUACAUGCAAGAUGAACCCAAUCAACAUCUGUACAAUUACUUUUAUACGAUGCUUAAAUCUAUGGAACGCACCACGUACCCUUGUUAUAAACGCAUAAGCAAAAUUGCAGCACAAUUUAGCCGUAUACUUCGAAAACCACCAAAUAGCGAGUAUCUUACCACUGGUAAUUAUUUGAUUGAUUAUCAAGAUUCCUUGAGAAGAUUUGGCGCUAUGCUCCAUGGCAUUAUGAUAGCCAAUCCGUCUACGAAUAUUCCCGAAGUCAUUUACGUGACUUUAAAUAAUUAUGGUAGUGGAGUGCAUAUUAAUCAUGUGUCCUUAUAUAUCAAAGCAGAGGGUAUUUUUCACUCAUUAGCAGCUUCGUUUGAAAAUCCGACGAACAUAAAAGAUAUUCUGAAGGAAUUCAAGUUGGAUGAACGCAAAAAGGGUCCUAUGCAUUUAGAAAUAAUUACGCGUAUUCAAGAAAAAACAGUAUUGUGUGUUCAUUGGAAUGAAACAAAUAUAAUUGAAGGAAUAAAGUACUUGUCUUCUUUGUCGGAUAACAUAUACCAGACAUAUUAUAAUAUGGAAUUUCACGUUAAUCAACAACGUAUAAAUGUGCCAUUAUCAAUAGAAUCAAUGCAAGUGAGCGAUUUCGGUACUAAUGUUAGACUUGCGAUGACGGGAACAUCUUUGUUUUCGAUGAGAGGAAAUUUUACACGCGAUUUUCCUGGACGAAAUAAUCAUAUUAUUUUACGUACGUCUGUUCAUGGUAUUGAAAUAAUAGAGAAUUAUAAUCCGCUGAUUGAUUUGUGGCAUAGCGCUGAAAGAGUUCAGUCGCUACAUGGAUAUCUUCCUAUUAACAUUACACUUGGUUUAGAAGAACGACCAUUUAUUUCAUAUGAUAACCUAGGAGAACAUCUUAAAACAGGAAUUACAGUACACGCUAAAACGCUUACGAGUAUUAGAGGCGCCAAUGUUAAAUCAAAGUUGGAGCGAAUUUGUCGUUCGUGUUCUGUAUCGUAUACAGUUGUAAAGUUACCUUCUCCUAAUUUGCAGACAUUGGAUAUUUUUAACGUUGAACUUCCCGAAUUAGGUGGUCGAUUACAAAUAAAGAUAUUUGAUUGCAAAAACACAGUGUCGCAAGAAACACUAAUUAACGAUAUUUGGUCCUCUCAUCGAAGCAAUUAUCAAACGUGGCCAAAUGUAAAAUUUGCCUUAAUUGGACUACAUUUCUUAGAUUACUUUACUUAUCAAAAUGUUCUAGAACGAUAUUUGAAGAUUGGGAAUCUAUUCUCUCAGACGCGAUUGGAAUACUUGAAAAGUGAAAAUCGUCACAUUUUAUCUUUAACGCACCACGAUCUACAAUCCUCGCAAGUACUUUAUCAAUGGAAUCUAGCUGCAUUAUACGAAGGCUCUAAUUGGUUAUCAGAUGUGAUUAAACUUAAAGCGACUAAAAUUGUGCCCGGUGAACGCGUAUUUAAGUUUUGCGUAGAGGCCGAAAGACACGUGCCGUGGCAAUGGGAAAUUUUAAGUGUCGAACCGAGUGACUUCUCUCGCAUUAAGUUAAAUAUCGUUUGGGGACCAUCCGAUACCGCGAAAGGAAAAUGCAGCGGAUCUUCUAUAUCGAUCAACUUAAUUGGCGAUAUUAGCAGCGAGCAGCUUGAGGAAAGUAAAAGAGCAAAUUGGCCUUAUGGCGAAUGCAAAAAAGAAUCUAUGGAAAAGCGAGUCAUUCCUUAUACAAAUUCUUGUUACGAGGCAUCGAAAGAAUUGUCAACCUUGCGAGAAUACAAAAUCUUCGCAAAAUACGAAAAUCUACCACAGAGUUUAUCCAAGCUAAUCUGGAAAAUGUACGCCUUGUAUGAUCUUAUCGGUGGAAAUAGCAGCAUUGCAAGAAAAUCCGAUGAGCUCGCGAUAACCGCAAUUUUUCCUAAAGAUUCAAAUGUUGGCGAACUACAACUUAACGGUGAUAAAGUUGCGAUUGAAUAUAACUCGCGCUAUAUUGAUCUUUUCUUGAUACGAACAAGAAUUCAUAAAUAUUUGGAAAUACCUUUGUUCAGAAUGUUUUCUAGCACAUGUAUCAUAACAUUAGAUUCUAUAAAAUCAGCAUAUGAUACGAUUUAUACUUUCGCUAAGAAUAGCGAAGUGAUAUUACUUGGACAAUGUUACGAGGAGAAUCCUAGACUUGCAUUAACAGCAUCCAACGACGCGCUCGGAAUCAACGUUAAUUUAACUGACGAAUCGGGAACUACACGGAUUACAGCCGACAAAGAUAGAGGAAUCUUAUAUAAUGCUACAUCAUACAUACAAAUGCAACCUGAUUACAUAUUUCAUACAUUAGGAACUAAAAAGAUCAAAAUGGGGAGUAAAUCAAUCGAUAUCUUGUUACCUAAUCUUUUCCUGUAUAUGCAUUGGACGCAAGAACAGGUUCUACUUUUCUUCCCCAAUCAUGUUCUAGAAUUUAGUUGCGGAAUAUGCACACUCAAUCAUCCCAACAUCGAUAGAUUGUAUGAAAAAUUCUAAUUUCGUUAAAGUACGUAUGUAAUAACGCAAUAUAUUAAUGGUAUCACAAAAU